GAAUGAAUGUGAUGAGAUUCCUGAGAUCUGUGGUCCAAACUCAAUCUGCAACAACACUGCUGGGAGUUACAAUUGCUCGUGUAUGAGUGGAUAUAAAGUAACAGACCUGAACCUCCCUAUAAACAUCAGUAACCCAUGCACAGAUGUGAAUGAAUGCGUUGAGAUUCCUGAGAUCUGUGGUCCAAACUCAAUCUGCAACAACACUGAUGGGAGUUACAAUUGCUUGUGUAUGAGUGGAUAUAAUGUAACAGACCCGAACCUCCCUAUAAACAUCAGUAACCCAUGCACAGAUAUUAAUGAAUGUCUUGACCCUUCAUCAGUGUGUGGGCCAAACGCUUACUGUCACAAUUACAAUGGAAGUUACUCGUGCUCUUGUUGGGAAGGAUAUAACAUCACUGAUGUAUCUCAAAAUAUUAGUGACAGAAACCCAUGCAUUGAUGUGGAUGAAUGUGUUGUGAUUCCGGAGGUCUGUGGUCCAAACUCAAUCUGCAACAACACUGCUGGGAGUUACAAUUGCUCGUGUAUGAGUGGAUAUAAAGUAACAGACCUGAACCUCCCUAUAAACAUCAGUAACCCAUGCAGAGAUGUGAAUGAAUGUGAUGAGAUUCCUGAGAUUUGUGGUCCAAACUCAAUCUGCAACAACACUGCUGGGAGUUACAAUUGCUCGUGUAUGAGUGGAUAUAAUAUAACAGACCUGAACCUCCCUAUAAACAUCAGUAACUCAUGCACAGAUAUUAAUGAAUGUCUUGACCCAUCAUCAGUGUGUGGGCCGAACGCUUACUGUCACAAUUACAAUGGAAGUUACUCAUGUUCUUGUUGGGAAGGAUACAACAUCACUGAUGUAUCCCACAAUAUUAGUAACAGUAACCCAUGCACUGAUGUGAAUGAAUGUAAUAAGAGACCUGAGGUCUGUGGUCUAAACUCAAUCUGCAUCAACACUGCUGGGAGUUACAAUUGCUCCUGUAUGAGUGGAUAUAAUGUAACAAACCUGAACCUCCCUAUAAACAGCAGUAACCCAUGCACAGACGUGAAUGAGUGCGUUAAGAUUCCAGAGAUCUGUGGUCCAAACUCAAUCUGCAACAACAAUGAUGGGAGUUACAAUUGCUUGUGCAUGAGUGGAUAUAAUGUAAAAGACCUGAACCUCCCUAUAAACAUCAGUAACCCAUGCAGAGAUGUGAAUGAAUGUGAUAAGAGACCUGAGGUCUGUGGUCCAAGCUCAAUCUGCAACAACAUUGCUGGGAGUUACAAUUGCUUGUGUAUGAGUGGAUAUAAAGUAACAGACCCGAACCUCCCUAUAAACAUCAGUAACCAAUGCACAGAUGUGAAUGAAUGCGUUGAGAUUCCUGAGAUCUGUGGUCCAAACUCAAUCUGCAACAACACUGAUGGGAGUUACAAUUGCUCGUGUAUGAGUGGAUAUAAAGUAACAGACCUAAACGUCCUUAUAAACAUCAGUAAUCCAUGCAGAGAUGUGAAUGAAUGUGUUGAGAUUAAUAAGAUCUGUGGUCCAAACUCAAUCUGCAACAACAUUGCUGGGAGUUACAAUUGCUUGUGUAUGAGUGGAUAUAAAGUAACAGACCCGAUUCUCCCUAUAAGCAGCAGUAACCCAUGCAGAGUAGAACCAGCAGCAACUACAGUAAAACCACCAGCAACAACUACAGUCAAACCACCACCACCACAAACAGUUAUUAAAAUGUCAAUGAAAAUAAAUGCAAUGUUUGACACCGGUCUCACUAACAAAGAUGAUUCGAACUACAAAUUCUAUGAAGAACGCAUUAAAUCCGCAGUUGAAAAUAGUUACAAGGAUUUGCCUAACUACAGUAAAGGUUCAGUAAAAAUCAUUGGCUUCAGGUCUGGUAGCAUUAUAGCAGACUACACCAUUAGUGCAACCAGCAGCAAUCUGGAUUUAACAACAGCAAACACAAAGGUUUCCAAAACUUUAGCAGAUAAAGGAAUCACUUUAUUUCAGGAUGCUUUUUCUGAAACUGUGGAAACAAUUAUGACAACCAAAGAUACAAUUUAUCCUCUGCAAGAUGUGGAACUGAGGUGUAAACGUCCUGAUUCUGUUACGGGAACAAUAAAAUGGAAUGUGAAUGGCAACGAUCUUGCAGGAAACAGUGCAAAAUACACCAUUACAAGUGAUGACAUCAGUAGCACUCUUAUUGUAAAAGCUGCAAGUGAAAGUGACAGGGGUAGAUACUCGUGUGUCAUAGAAAGGUCCACAUUACCUUACAUUCAGUGGCAAACAGUAUCUAUUCAACCACUUCCUAAUAUUGUAGUGGACAAAACUGAUAUACAGCUUCAGUGUCAAGACAAGAUUGUCGAACUGACAUGCUGUGCCGAAAAUGGUUACGAAGUUGAGUGGGACUGGAUUCCUGGUGAUGCAGUAAAAAAUUUAGCAUCAGGAUUUGGCUGUAUUAUAUUACAACAUCAAAUCUCAAGCACAAGUUGUGGAUCGAAAGAAAUCUUCACAUGCCAUCUAAAGAACCUGAUAGAAUUACAAAAAUUUAGUUAUAGCAAGAAGACAAUCAACAUUCAGACAACCAAUAAGUAUGACUGUAUAAAUGACACGCUUGGAGUAGGAAAAAUAGGUGACAGUGUAACAGGAUUGUGUGAAAAAGGUCUGGAAGGCUACAUAAGUUAUGAAUGUAAACAGAUAAAUCUCACAAAUAAAUGGGAAAUAUUACAGAGAGAUUGUGUUGUUAAAGCUGUCAAAGACCUUGAAAGGAGAUCUCAGGUUUUAGGUGUGAAUGAUAUUCCCGUGUUCAUGACAGAUCUCAGUAACACUGCAUUACAGAAUAAUACUGUGAUAACACAAUCUGCUGACACUGUCCAAACCAUUGUUGGCAUACUUAACACAAUUGCUAGUAUCUCACAAAAUAUUACCAUCAGUCAACCUGUGAUGAAGGAUUUUCUUAAAACAGUGAACAUUAUUGUAUCAGAUGCAUCUAAAAACACAUGGACAGAAUUGAACAAAAACAACAAAACAGAAAACAAAAGCACUGAACUUCUUCAAGCUAUUGAGAAUAUAAGUGAUCGUCUCUCAAAUAACGAUUUCAUGAUUAAUGAAACCUCCAUUCAGUUAAACAGAGCACUAAUUACAAACUCAUUCAAUGGAUCAUCUUCACUGCCAAACUCAACUACACAGAUUGUGAUACCAAAUGUUCUUAAACCGACCCUCAUAACCAUUAUUAUCUUCACAAAGCUUGACAAUGUUUUACGAACUCGAAAUACUUCUAAUAAUGACAACAAGACAUCAGAAAACAGCAUCAAUGGAGACGUGGUUGUUGUUAGGGUUAAUGAAGCAAUUAACAACAUUUCAUUUGCUUUUGAUACUACAAAUACAUCAUUGAAAAAUCCUCAGUGUGUCUUCUGGAACUUUGAUCUGGACCAUUGGGAUUCCACUGGAUGUAAAGUCAAGCACUCAGAGAAUAACAUGGUUACAUGUGAAUGCAACCACACAACCUCUUUUUCAAUCCUCAUGUCACCAGUUCCAGUUGAUAACCCAGCCUUAGCCUAUAUAACAUACAUUGGUGUAGCUAUUUCAAUAGCCAGCUUGAUUCUGUGCCUUAUGAUUGAGAUAAUUGUGUGGAAGCCAGCAACAAGAAAUGACACGUCGUACAUGCGUCACGUCUCAAUAGUCAACAUCGCUGUGUCACUGCUGAUCGCAGACCUCUGUUUUAUCAUCGCAGCUGCAAUCGCAGAACAAGAGCAGCCAACUUCAGUGGGUCGCUGCAGUCCAGUGGUUUUCUUCAUGCACUUUUUUUACCUGGCUGUUUUCUUCUGGAUGUUCAUUUCAGCACUUUUGCUUUUUUACCGCACCGUCAUGGUCUUUUCUCAAAUGUCAAGGACUAUCAUGAUGGUCAUUGCCUUUAUGGUUGGUUAUUGUGCACCUUUGCUCAUAACCGCUAUUACUGUCGCAUCCACAGCUGGACCUCAACACUAUGUCACAAAAGAAAAUGCAUGUUGGCUGAACUGGUUUGAAUCUAAGGCCCUGCUGGCAUUUGUGAUUCCAGCUCUGACCAUUCUUGCCUUUAACCUCCUGGUUUUGAUUGUGGUUGUGUGUAAGAUGAUAAGGAGAGGAGUUGGUAGUACAACUCAUGCUGAUGAGAAACACACUCUUGUGGUCAUUGCCCGAUGUGUGGCCAUUCUGACUCCUAUCUUCGGUUUAACAUGGGGAUUUGGCAUUGGAACCAUGGUGUCACGUAACUUUGGCCUUCAUGUGGUGUUUGCAAUCCUUAAUUCACUGCAGGGAUUCUUUAUUUUGGUGUUUGGAGUGCUUCUAGACGGCAAGAUCCGUGAGAUAUUGGCAGGAAAAUUGUCACUGAGGAACCUUACCAGCUCAAACCGUACCAGGAGCACUACUGCAGGACCAUCGUCAAGUGCACUGGAUUUUUUCAGAAGGAGAAGAAAUGUGUACAACGUAUCUGAAGCCAAUGCUUCCUCAGGACUUUCAUCUUCAAACAGCUCCAGUGAUGCAUAUAAUUCAUUUAAUCCUUAACUAAUUCAUGAUCUAAAGCCAGAAGACCUUUACAAAACCUGUUUCCUUUCUGUUUCUUUUACCUGCUUUCAUCUUUCAUGAUAAAUACAAAAAAAAGGUGUAUUGGGUGUUAUUGGGUAUUUCAUUUUUCAAAAUACAAACAAAGCUGUGUAACUAUUGUAGACAUAUAUUAUUCAUACUGUAUCAUCUUUCUGUUAUAAAUGAAAGUCAAAUUAUGCCAGUAAUCAUGGUUAAUUAAUUGGUAAUUAUUAAUAAAUUAAUUUUAAAUUGACCUUUUAACAAGAUAUAGCUGUCUUACCUAGGCGGUCUUGUUUUCAAACAAUCACCAAUAAUAAAAUUUUAAAUGUUAUAAUAGA